GGAGAGAGAGAGAGAGAGAUAGAAAGAAAGAAAGAGUACGCAAAGUAGAUAGCAUGCAGUAAUCCGGUGCAUUUAGUUGUCGCGUGAGUGUGUGUAGUAUUUUUUCGAUGAAUUAGAAUAAAUAUGCGCUGUCUAAUACGUCUGUGCGUCCUCGCGAUUUUGUUGUUGCACAGUAUAGAGGCGAACAACGAUGAAGCACCGUUAACCAAACUCGGCGGGAAGACAGGGCCGACCUUAAGAUUCUUUUAUUGCUAUUCAUGUGGCUACAGGAAAGUCUUUGAACAAUAUGUGAACAUACUCAGACAAAAGUAUCCAGAGCUUCAGAUUGAGGGGGAGAACUUUAAUCCGCCAGGCUAUAAUAUGUUAAUUGCGAGAAUAUUGGGAACAUUGAAAAUAUUGGUUAUUAUUCUAAUUGUAAGUGGAGUUGACUUUGGUCGUCCUGUGCCAUCCGUGUGGCAAUGGUGCAUAGAGAAUCGUUUUUAUUCCUGUGUAUUGAUUUUCCUGAUCUGCAACGCCAUAGAAGGGCAGUUUAUUUCAUCGGGUGCAUUUGAAAUACAUUUUAACGAUGUUCCUGUGUGGUCAAAGCUUGAAACUGGUAGGAUACCACAACCACAGGAACUAUUUCAAAUAAUCGAUUUCCAUUUAGAAAUGCAGUUUACAGAACGAGAUAUAGGCAAAAUCAGUUUUAAUAAGUAAAGCAUAAUUUCAUUACAUUCUCGGAGAUUAAUAAAUCCAGUCGUGUACUACGCAAGCCAGCAAAGUUUGCGGUGCAAUGUGAUGAAAAUAUGUACAAUAUACUUGUUAAGUAAGUAAAGAAACCUUAACAUAUAUCAUAGAAUGUAAUUCCAACAAGACUAAUAUAUGUAAAUGUAAUUAAAAUAAAACUGUUACCAGACUUUUA